AUGCCGUAUAGAGCCAACCCGUCUCUGGCCCGCUUCCUGCGGCCACCAGCGCAACGAACCCUCGUCCCCCGCCUUCACCAGCAGAGACGCCCGGCCUUGGGCCAAGCACCAGUAACACUCUUCUCGAGUUCGAGCAGACUCUGCAACAGCAAAGACGGCCGUCCACAGUCCUCUAUUGACCGUGAGGCCGAGCGCAAGCUAGCCCAGCAAAAGCUCGAGUCAGACCCCGCCCGCGUGUCGAUCGAUAGCUCGACGCGUCCGCUCUUUGAGGAGCACACGCUGCCUGGUUCGGAACCGGGCGUCAACGAGGGAGUCAAGCAUGAUCUAAACAUUGUCAGGGAAGCAUUCAGACUCGGCGACAUCCCCAAAGAAUCACACCUGCUGGGUCUAGCCGGCACGGUCCCCUACCUGGCCACCUCCAUGUCAACCCUCUACCUGGGAUGGGAUCUGGCAAAGACGUACCCGACGGGAAGUAGCAUCGGCAACAUCAUGUUCACGAAUCACGACAAGGCACAGCACAUGCUGUCCAUCUUGGAGCCCGUGCAGCUAGGAUACGGCGCCAUGAUCAUCUCCUUUCUAGGAGCAAUUCACUGGGUAAGAGACUACACACUCUCUCUAUAUACGUGCAGGGAGCCCCGUCUAAACAUCUGGCAUCAGGGUCUCGAAUACGCCGAAAAGGCGCCCCUGGCCGACCGCACCCGCUUCCGAUACGCAAUGGGCGUCGCCGCUCCUGCAGUAGCUUGGCCGACCCUCUACCUGCCAAUAGAGUUCGGGUUGACGGUCCAGUUCGCCGCCUUUGUAGGCUUAUACUUUGCCGACUCGCAGGCCUGCAAGCGCGGCUGGACCCCACCGUGGUACGGGCACUACCGUUUCCUCCUGACGGCCAUGGUCGGGAUAGCAAUUGGUGUGUCCCUUGUCGGGCGCGCAGAGAUAGAAAAGUCCAAGAGGCUCAGCGUGGAUUACCUGCGGUCGAGCAUGGGACAGCCGGGAUUGGCGGAUACGGAAACUGAUUGGGUCAAGGUGGAGGCUGAGGAGAAGGAGAGGAAGCGGGCCGAGGAGAAGGAGAAGAAGGAAUCCAAGAGUGACGAGAAGGACGGCGAGAAGCACAAGGGCGAGGGCAAAGGUGAUGAUCCAGAAAAGUCAAAGAAAGAUGACGGCAAGAAGGAUGGCAAGAGAGACAACAAGGACAACAAAAAGGAUGAGAGCCAAGAUGCGGGUGACUCUGAAAAGAAGGAAGACGGCAAGGGUGACAACGACAAAGAGGAUGAGGGCAAACGCGGAGAGAAGGGCCAGGGCAGGGAUGAUAGAUCAAACUAA